AACCUAGCAACCUUUGGCUCUGUGAUCCCCAAUCCCACAAGUAACAGCAGCUACAGCCACUUUUCCCUGCAACCAUUCAAUGGCCAUGGCAACCCAAGCAUCACUGUUCACCCCAACCCUCUCUACUCCAAAUUCUGGCAACCGUGCCCUUAUUCCCUGGAAGCCAUCCUCAUCCUUCUCCUUUGCUAUUCCCAGGCCUGUCAAUCUCUCUGUGUCACAGAGAACCAUCAGAGCCGCAGCUGCAGAGGAGAAGACUGGAACUAAGGAAGCCCCAGUAGGCUUCACCCCACCUUCAUUGGACCCAAACACUCCCUCCCCAAUCUUUGGUGGCAGCACAGGUGGGUUAUUGCGCAAAGCCCAAGAGGAGGAAUUCUACGUCAUCACAUGGGAAUCUCCCAAGGAACAGAUUUUUGAGAUGCCCACUGGAGGUGCAGCUAUAAUGAGGGAAGGUCCCAACCUGCUUAAAUUGGCAAGGAAGGAACAGUGUUUGGCACUUGGGACUAGGCUGAGGUCCAAGUACAAGAUCAAGUAUCAAUUCUACAGGGUCUUCCCUAAUGGUGAGGUUCAGUAUCUUCACCCCAAGGAUGGAGUCUACCCUGAGAAGGUUAACCCAGGCCGCGAAGGAGUCGGUGUGAACUACCGAUCCAUUGGGAAGAAUGUGAGUCCUAUAGAGGUCAAGUUCACUGGCAAACAGGUCUAUGAAUUGUAAGCUGAAAGUGGUAAGAGUGGAGCUUGGUGAUGACUCUGUUUAUUUGAUUAUAGUUAUUUUAUUUUUAUUGUUUAAUGCACUUUUGUCUGUGACUUUUCCAUAUACUCUGCUACAAGAACAUUAAGCUUGGAAAUGUUGUGUAAUUUUCAUUUAAUCCAAUCAGAUUAGUUUCCUCA